CCUUUUUUUCUGAACAAUUGAGCCAAGUUAUGAUUGGGUUAUCAAUAGUUACAGAUAAUCUAAAUAAAAAUUAUAAUCGAAUUUUUGAAGAACUGCUUUUGGAAAAGAAAAAUAAAUUUGAUAUUAGUGAUAUUCAUCAAAAGAUUAUUAAAACUAUUGAAAUAGGAUGCAAAUUUGAUAAACCAAAGAUAAUAAUUCUAAAACCCAGUCUGGCACCAAAUUCCAAUAAAAAUGCAUAUGAGACAUGCGAUAUGUUUUUAAAUGAUGUAGCAAAUACAGGAGUUAAUAUAAUCGAUAUUGUAUGUGAUAAAGCUAUUUUUCGAAGACUUAAAAUUCUUGAUGAAUUUGUUGACCAAGUAAUAGAUAUUGAUGAUCGUGUUGUACCAAAUCGACUUGAACAAACAUGGGCUUUAAGUGAACAGAUAUAUAAUGCAUUUCAAAAUCCAGAUCCCAACAGUCAUUCUCUUUUUGAUUACACAACCCAAAAUACUACGAAAGGAUUCUUCAAUAUGGAAACUUGUUAUCAACAUAGAAUAGAACAUAUGCAAAACCUUCUUGCAGAAGAAAAGAAACGAAAAAAUACUCAAAAUAAGAAUGAUACUCAAAGUGAAGAUAAUGCUCAAAAUAAUAACGAUAUUCAAAAUGAAGACGAAUAA